GUAUCGAUUAACAAGUUGGGCCAGCUGUUUUCAUUUAUUUUUUUUGAGCUGACGUUAUUUCAUAAAAUUGUUUAAUACGAAUUGAGGAGAUGGAAAAGUGGUUGGGUGAUACAUUAUCCAAGUGUCUGGACUGUGUGGUCACAGAUCAAAUGAUGUCCACAAUUUUGGCCAUAAGAGAUGACUAUGAAUUUGACAAUUACUUUGGCAAUCUUUUGAGCAAGGAUAAUGAGGAGCAUCGCAUGUUUUUAAUCAACUGUCGUCGCAUGCUUCUCAGUGGCAAACAGAAACGGAGCAAUGCCAAGAGCAAAACGCCACCGCAGCCCGCCCAGAAAUCCAAUGUAGGAGCAGGAGGAGGAGGAGGAGCUGCCAAGAAGCCGGUCAAAUAUGUGAACAUGUAUGCCAAGGAUGGCAAAGUGUUGGGUGACACUGUGCUGCUGAAGGGACGACGCAGCUGCGACUGUCAGGCGGCCGAGCACAAGUUGAUCAACAAUUGUCUCGGUUGCGGUAGAAUUGUGUGUGAGCAGGAGGGGAGUGGUCCGUGCCUGUACUGCCAGGAGCCAGUGUACACGCCUGAGGAGGAGCUGCAGCUGGCCAAGGCCGCAUCAAGCACUAAAGCCCAGACGACUGGCAAGGGCAAGAAGCAAUCACAGCAGCCGGCAACUGGAAAGGUUAACCAAAAGAAAGAAUCCGCCUGCUUAAAGGAGGCACUGGCUCAACGAGAUCGUCUGCUGGAGUACGACAAGAACAGCGAGAAGCGCACAACGGUCAUCGAUGAUGAGCUGGAUUACUUCCAGGAGAACUCCGUCUGGUUAACAGAUGCCGAGCGCGAAAAGUACGAGCAGCUUAAGAGUGAGAUGCACGAUCUAAAGCACGGCAGUCGCCUCAAGCGCAAGAUCAAGGUGGAUUUUGCCGGCCGAGAGCUGCCGGAUGAGUCUCAGAUCAGCAAGGAGUACGAGCAGCAGGUGAUCCGCCAACUGGCCGCAGUCAGCAAGGCGGCAUCUGCUGGCUCCGGCACUCUGGGCACUUCCCUCAUCGGUCACUCGGCAAUGGGCCUGGCGCCCAAUCUGGAUGUCGCCAAGCCGCCGGUCUUCAAGCCGGACAAGGAGCAGAAGCAAUGGCCGGCACAACCCAUGCACGAUGGUCUCGAGCGUGUCUACAAUCGAGUGCAGGACAAGGAGCUCCUGGAAAUGCAGGACAUGCGCCAAUGCCUCUCCAUGCAUCAACCCUGGGCAUCCUUGCUUGUGGCUGGCAUUAAAAAGCAUGAGGGUCGUGUGUGGUACAGUGAUCAUCGCGGACGUCUGUGGAUUGCCUCGACUUCAAAGGAACCACAUGCCGACGACAUUGCCCACAUGGAGCAGUUCUAUCGAACACUCUACAAUGAUGAUAAUAUAGAAUUCCCAACACAUUAUCCGACUAGCAGUCUGUUGGGCUGUGUCCACGUGGACAAUUGUCUGCCCCAAGAGGAAUACCGCGAUCUUUAUCCACAGGGCGAAUCCGACAGUCCCUACGUGUUUGUGUGCACCAAACCGGAGCAGUUACCACUGCUGCUGCCAGUUCAUGGCGAGCACAAGAUAUAUGAAUUGCCACUAAAGACACACAAUGCCGCUUGCAAGACGCUGUUGCGUUCACGUGUCAACAAAGGCUGAGAUUGAUUUGUUGAAACUUAAGAUUAUCACAUUCUAAUUGAUUAGUUUUGUAAAAACAUUUUCAAAUUUGAAAUCUGUUAAAAUAUCGCAUUCCUCGGCUGCGUUGCGUCGCAGUUAAUUAUCGAUAUGUGUAAUCAAAAUUCAAAUUUUGUAUAAAAUGUCUGGCAGCACUAA